AUGGUGUCCGCCGACUGUGUCCCCUCGGAGGCGACGAUUGCAGAGUCCGUCGCUGUGGGCAACAAGCCCGCGGCCGAUGAGAAAACGGGUAUCCGGCCAGGGUCAAGCGAAAUCGGGAGCGAUGCGUAUGCCGAUGCUGAGGACGUCGAAGCCGCCAUCCAGCGGGCCAUCUCGACAAAGCGCUACCCGGAAACUGACCUCGACCAAGGCAUCGUGGGUUGGGACGGGCAGAAUGACCCCGAGAACCCGCAGAACUUUGCCAUGAGUCGGAAAUGGGGGCUGUUGGCUUUGAUGAGCGCCAUGACAUUUGUGUCACCCCUGGCAUCGAGCAUGUUCGCGCCCGCUGUUGGCUACGCGGCCGAGGACUUGCAUGUCACCAAUGAAACCGUUCUCUCCCUCAGCGUCAGCAUCUUCUUGAUCGGCUACACGGUCGGACCCCUCAUCCUCGCCCCCAUGAGCGAGAUCUAUGGCCGCCGCAUCGUGCUCAGCUGUGCAAAUUGGUUCUUCGUGCUGUGGCAGAUUGGCUGUGCCAAAGCCCCGAACGUGGCGACUCUGAUUGUAUGCCGUAUGUUCUCGGGCAUGGGCGGCUCGGGCUGUAUGACUAUCGGCGCUGGUCUCAUUGCCGACCUGUUCCCCAUUGAACAGCGAGGCAUGGCCACGGCCCUGUGGAGUAUGGGUCCCUUGAUCGGCCCAGUGGCGGGCCCUAUUGCGGGUGGCUUCAUGGGCGAGACGGUCGGCUGGCGCUGGGUGUUCUGGGUGCUCAUGAUUGUUGCGGGCGUGGUGUCAUUCGGCAUUGAGAUCUUGAAUCGCGAGACGUAUGCUGCUGUGCUGAUCCGCCGCAAGACGCAACGCCUGGCCAGGGAAUUGGGGCGCAAUGACUUGCGCAGCGCCUACGAACCAAGCGUGGAGCGCGUGUCGGUCGCCUCGACCCUGAAAAUGGGAUUGCAGCGCCCCAUCCUCCUCUUCAUCAAGACCCCCAUCGUCCUCCUCCUGGCCCUGUACAUGGCCGUCGUCUACGGUCUGCUGUACCUCUUCUUCACCACCAUCCCGGCCGUCUUUAAGAACCAGUACGGCUUCUCCACUGGCUUGUCGGGCUUGGCCUAUAUGGGCAUCGGGCUCGGCUUCAUGUUGGGACUGGGCACGAUCGCCAUGACCAGCGACCGCGUCGUCGUGAAGCUGACCCAGCGCAACGGCGGCAAAUUCGAGCCGGAGAUGCGUCUGCCGGCGAUGAUCUUCUAUGCCUGCUUCCUGCCCAUCAGUUUCUUCUGGUACGGCUGGACCGUUGACAAAAACGUGCACUGGAUCGCCCCCAUUAUCGGUAUGAUGCCCUUUGGCUUUGGCAUGAUGGGCAUUUAUCUCCCCAUCCAAACCUACGUCAUCGACUGUUACCCCAGCUAUGCCGCGUCGGCGAACGCGACGCUCACCACCAGUCGAUCGUUGGUGGGCGCGUUGCUGCCCUUGGCCGGGCCGGCGCUGUUCGAUUCGCUUGGUCUGGGCUGGGGGAACUCGCUGCUCGGCUUCCUCGCGCUGGCCUUCAUCCCAAUCCCGAUUCUGUUCUCACGGUAUGGCCAGCGCAUUCGGGAGAAGUUCCCGGUGGACCUGGAGGGCCACAAGGGGUAA